CACACAUGCAGUUGUAGUAGCACUAGCCUUCCCUCUCAAGCUAGCAUCUCUUGUGUCAGGAGGUUGGAAGAGGUUUUCUGGCUAGUUUCUUCUAGCUGGUCUCUCCUCUUCCUCUUCCUAAACUCCUCACUGAGAUUAAUUAACACCUUAAUUAGUUUUAAGUAGUCUGGUCUAGUCUGUAGCAAUGGCAGGAGGGUUCUUGUCUCUGGCUAACCCGGCGGUCACCCUCUCCGGUAUUGCAGGAAACAUCAUCUCCUUCCUGGUGUUCCUUGCACCAGUGGCGACGUUCGUGCAGGUGUACAGGAAGAAGUCGACGGGAGGGUUCAGCUCGGUGCCGUACGUGGUGGCGCUGUUCAGCUCGGUGCUGUGGAUAUUCUACGCGCUGGUGAAGACGAACUCGAGGCCGCUGCUGACGAUCAACGCGUUCGGCUGCGGCGUGGAGGCGGCGUACAUCAUCCUCUACCUGACGUACGCGCCGCGCCGGGCCAGGCUCCGCACCCUCGCCUUCUUCCUCCUCCUCGACGUCGCCGCCUUCGCCCUCAUCGUCGCCGUCACCCUCUACCUCAUCCCCAAGCCCCACCAGGUCAAGUUCCUCGGCAGCGUCUGCCUCGCCUUCUCCAUGGCCGUCUUCGUCGCCCCCCUCUCCAUCAUCUUCAAGGUGAUCAAGACCAAGAGCGUGGAGUUCAUGCCCAUCGGCCUGUCCGUCUGCCUCACGCUCAGCGCCGUCGCCUGGUUCUGCUACGGCCUCUUCACCAAGGACCCCUACGUCAUGUACCCGAACGUGGGCGGCUUCUUCUUCAGCUGCGUCCAGAUGGGGCUCUACUUCUGGUACCGCAAGCCCGCCAACACCGCCGUGCUGCCGACCACCUCCGACGCCAUGUCCCCGGUCACCAUCCCCGCCGCCGCCGCCACCCAGAGGAUCAUCGAGCUCCCCGCCGGCACGCACGCCUUCACCAUCCUGUCCGUCAGCCCCGUCCCGAUCCUCGGCGUGCACAAGGUCGAGGUGGUGGCCGCCGAGCAGCCCGACGCCGCCGCCGCCGCCGCCGACAAGGACCUCCAGCUGCUGCAGAACAAGCCGGAGGUGAUCGAGAUCGCCGCCGCCGUGUGAUCCACAGCCAUCCCUCUCAUCGACGACGAACACAGAAUCGAUCUCUCUCUACCGACGACGCAGACGAACGAUGGCUGGAAUUAAGCUAGCAGUGUGGAUUAUCAUAUCGAUCUUUAAUUAGUUGGUUAAUUAUUGGAUUAUUACUGUGGUAAGCGUGUGUCAUUAGCUAGUUACUUACUUACUUAAAAAUUACCGUGUUGAUCGUGUCAGGUCGAGUGGUGAUCGAUCAUCUCGACGUAGUUUGCAGCAUGGGUUUGAGUCAAUAAUAAGAAAAGGAUGAGGUAGUA